CCAGCCCAGCCCAAGCAGGCCGGCAGGAUCCCCGGCAGGGUCGCCGCGCCACAGACCCCCAUGCGCAAGGCGCCCCUCACCAGCAGCACGUCCGCGCGAAACGCCAAGGCCAUGAUGCGCAUCAACCAGCAGCCGUCGCACCACCAGAGUUUCCUGCAGCCACCGUUCUGCCGGCAGGAGUCGUUCGGCGAAGGGAUCAAGACAGGUCCCUCCGGCAGCGACAACGACUCCGACUCGGAGGUCUCGGACGCCGAGCACUUCCUGGCCAAGGGCGCCUUCCUGCUGACGCCCAGCCACGAGCUGAGCCUCGAGAAGGCAUCGGCCAUCUGCGAGAAGAUGAACUUCAACGCGCCCUUCUCGCUCACCAAGACGGCCACCGGCAUCCUCUUCAAAUUCGCGCGCCCCGAGGACUACCAGGCCACCUUCAAGAAGGGCUUCCACAAAGUGACCGGCGCGCGUUUCUACAAGAAAAUCCCCAUCCCCUGCCGGCCGCAGAAGACGUUCACCGUGUUCGUGAUGGAGGUCCCGGAGGAGGUCCCGGAGGAGGACAUCCGCCACGCGCUCUACAAGUUCCACUCGGUUGUGGAGGUGGUGCGCCUCACGGGCACGGGCGGCCCCCAGCAGCUCACUGUGCAGAAAGACUCCACCAGCAGUAGCGGCGGGCCCCCCACCAAGGUGGAGAAGGCCAUCGGGUCGACGGCAAGCGGCUCUACGGUGGAGAUCGGGUCAGCGGGGCCGCCGCCUCUCAUCCGCGUCACGCUGGCCAACCUCGACGAGUACAACGUGCUGCUGCAGAACGGCCUCGACUUCUACGGCUCCACCUUCUUCCCGACGGAGGCGGCCUCCCCCAGCGGCCUGGUGCGGCUGCCGGCCGGGCGAAAACCCACGGGCAACAGAAUUCUCGAUGUGGUUACAGCUUCCGGCCAGCGUGUUCGUGACCUGCUGCCCGUCUUCGACUCCACCGGCUUCUCCAAGAUUCCCCCGCCAGCCAUGAAGACCAUCAAACCCCGUCCCAACUGAAGAAUCAGACCUUCGACAACUUACUGGAAUCUCCCGCCUCGCUCCGUCCAUUUAACUUUUGACAGAAAUGAGUCGACAAAACACAAUCAAAAUACUUUUAUUUUUUGUCUCUUUUUUUUUUUUGAACUAACCAAACUUUGCGGCACAGAGAAUUAAACACCAGUAUCAGAGGUAGUGCUCUUUAAAUGUGUAAUUAUUUUUUUAAAGUUUGUUUUUGUACGGUUUUUAAAGUAUUACUCCGAGUUUCGUUACACCGGACAGGAACUGCCCACAGAUCAAAUUAGAGUACUUUAAUAAAUGCACAGCGAUUUAGAGAAAAAUCUUCCGCCACUUUGCUACAUUUACAUUGAGAUAAUAAAUGAUGUAACUCAGGAGUAA